CCAUGGCAUCAACUUUCUCACAAAUGGCGUUGACAUUCCAUAACAAUUUUCUGCAUCUAGUGAUUAAAACAUAUGGUACCAUGAAUGCUGUAAAUGCGGUUUUCUGCACGACAAAGUAUUUUUCCACAUAAAAGACAUAGAUUAAAAUUUUUAACGCCACCAUGUAUGCACAAUUAGUAAUGAGAAUCUGAUUCAGAUUGUUUCUCUAGUAGAUCACAGAGUCAUGGGUUCCAGCAACUUUUUUGACUUUUGGAAGAAGUUGUGUCCCUUCAUUGUGACGGCAAAACCUAUGACUGAUCUUUGCUGGACAUGCCAACUGAACAACACAUUGAUCUUCAGGAGUGCUAACUUGGAUGAGGAAAACAAGUGUGAAAGAGUGAAACAGCAAGAAAAUCAUCUGUUCAUAGUUCAACAGGAACGAUCACUCUACAAUAAGAUGGUGGGCAAUGCAAAGCGUGCUUGCCAAGAAAAUGUCAUCACCGAACUUUGUCAGAAUUCUCCUUGUUCAAGAAACAUCAUGAUGCACUACAGCUUCGAUUACGCCCAACAAGUUCACUUACCAAGUAACCCCUUGCAGCCAGGUCCAAUAUAUUUUCUUGUGCCAAGGAAAUAUGGGCUAUUUGGAGUGUGCUGUGAAGGCAUUCCUCGGCAAGUAAAUUUCCUGGUUGAUGAAGCCCAUCUAAUCAGUAAAGGAUCAAAUGCUGUUAUAUCCUACCUCCACUACUUCUUGAACAACUACGGCACUGGAGAAACAGACGCUCACUUCCACUGUGACAAUUGCUCUGGACAGAAGAAAAACCGUUUCGUGUUGUGGUAUUUUGCGUGGAGAGUGGCUGUCGGUCUGCACAAAUCUGUUUCGCUGAAUUUUCUCAUCGCCGGACACACCAAAUUUGCACCAGACUGGUGUUUUGGUCUCUUGAAGAGGGCCUUCAAGCGCAAUCUUGUACCAGCACAAAGUGUAUUAGAAACUGUGGUGAAUGAGAGCUCAUCUGUCAACAUUGCGCAGGUCGUUGGGUAUGAAGAUGGCACCACUGUCGUUCCAGUCAGUGAUUGGCAGGCCUUCUUCAAGAAUUCCUGUAAACCAUUACCCGGAAUAAAGAAGUAUCAGCACUUCAGAUUUGAUGAUGCUCAUCCUGGCUCUGUGUUCGUAAAGGAACACUCAGAAUCUGCGGAAACAGAGUUCAACAUCCUCAUGUCAGAUUCAAGCUUCCCACGGGGUGCACCGGAUGUGUUAGCUCCACCUGGUCUUCCACUUCAGAGGCAACAAUACUUAUAUAAAUCUAUCCGAAAGUAUGUUGAUGAGCCUUUUAAAGACACAGUUUGCCCUAACCCAGAUGUAAUGCCAAAUGUAGAACAGGAUGAAACUGUGAUUAUCACUGAAACAAGGAAGGACAGCGAUGGACAUGAACGUGUGAAACGUGGUCGUGGCAAAGGAAGUCAGCGUGGUCAGACGGGUGGUGGGAGGCGUGGUUGUGGGCGUGGCCAUAGCCGUGGGCGUGGUCAGGGGGAGAACAAUGGUGUAUAAACUCUUCAAAUUCAAUUUGAAUCUUCAGUACAGUUAAAAACACACCUUGUGUCACACUUGUUUGAUAUAUAUUUAAGAUGAGUGGACUGUGUCACAGUCACGCCAAAACGGGCAAAAUGACUGAUAACGGUGAACAAGGGUAGGGGAGAGCGGGGAUGGUUCGUACAGCGGGAUAGUUCGGACACUGCACAUUUUUGCCAAACAAUGCUUGUCACGACAUCUAUGAUUGGUUAGAUAGUUGCCAAGUGUUAAAACAACAACAACAGUCACAUGGGGAGUUUUGACAGGUCUUCGACUUCUACAGGUAUGGAAACUUUAAUUUUUCCCCGUUUCUGAUGUAUAUUUUCGUCGGUGCGUUGUAACUGUAUGCACGGGUUAAGUUUAGAUGUUCAACAAACCUACCAUACCCCCUGAAAGCUGUGCCCAUGCGACAUGAUUUAGGUGUAGAACUGUAUCCCUGUCCUGCGGAAAUUUCCCACUCGACCAUUUUUAUUCCUUCAAUAACAUGCGGGGAUACUUCGGACAGCUGUCCGAAUCUUCCCCAUGCGUCCGAACCAUCCCUACAACUCAUGUUUUUGUUUUGCAGAAUUUCUAUAAGACGCCUCUCAGGAUGCCUAGAACGUAUAAACGGAAAACUGAGAGAGUUGUGAAGCCGGUAGAUAUGGAGAGAGCUGUACAAGAUGUGCUUGACGGCAAUCUGUCAUUGCGAAAGUCUGCAGAUUUACAUGAUGUCAAAAAAUCAACGUUGAAAGAUUAUGUGGACAAAGCUCGAAAAGGUUUCCUGUUCAAGGUUGGCGAGUUCAAUACCAGGCAGGUGUUUUCUCAGGAAAUGGAACAACAACUAACGGAGUAUUUAUUGAAAUGCUCUGCCAUGUACUACGGCUUAACACCCAAGGCCUUGCGCAGGCUAGCUUAUGAAUACGCAAGACAGAAUGACAUCAGAACACCUGAAACCUGGGCAACAAACAAAAUGGCUGGCAAAGACUGGUUAACCGGUUUUCUUCACAGAAACAAAAGUCUUAGUAUCCGUAGCCCUGAAGCGACCAGCCUAGCGCGCAUGACAAGUUUUAA